ACAGAGUGAGACAGAGAGGGAUUGAGCGAGCGACAGAGAGAGUAAGAGAGAAAGAGACGGAUAGAGAGAGCGGGAGACACUAGAAGGAGAAAACGGUAAAGUAACAGCAGAGAAAAAAGGAGUUUGAUGGUGGCCUGGUGUCAUCACAGACCGAACCCGAUCCCGUAACAGUUGGUUUGAGUGUCGGCGAGACGAGGGAGGGAGAAGGAGUUCUUCAGGAGCCGGACCAGACAGAAAAAAAGAGAGAGGCUGUGGGGAAGACGUGUGGACAGAGAGGAGUGUUUUAAAGUAUGUGCGGGGGAGGAGGCUACGGGAGGAGCUGUUCCCCAGGGUGCCUCUCACUUUCUUAGGAUAUCCCUCCCAGGACGCUGGCUGGGCUCUUCCCUGGCUCCAUACUUCUUUCCUCCCCGGACCCUGCUGGACCUGACCGGAGUAUCUGAGCGGAUAGAGACUGAGACAAUUCUGGGAACACCCCCUUAAAAGCCCAACACACGCUUGGAACUUUGCUCCCAACCAGGAGGGAUCUUAAUGGCCCAUAGGCAGGAAAACCCUGACGACUGUCACUUUCUGAGGUUGUUUUGCCGGGUCUGAAAGGCCGUCCACUUUUAAACAGUAGUCGUUCAGGCUGGGGGAAAAAUGAGCAGCAGCACCCAACACGAGAGGAGCAGACGGGCUUCGCACUGAGGGAUUUAUUGAUUGUUCUGAGUACUGAUGGACUGGACUUAAAUACGGGCGUUUUUUUCAUCUGAAUAUUUUUCAGUGAAUUUCUGCGUUAGUGAUAAUCUCACAGACAGAUAUACAGGUCUGUUUACCUCCAAGUAUGCUGCAUUUGGCCCGUGUGCCGUGUUGAAUAAAUAGUUAUUUACGGACCCUAGCAAAGCUUUAAACAAAUGGAUUAAUGUGGCUCAUACAUGCGUUUGUUAUUAAUAAUUCAUAAACUAAUGCUCUUGAAUGGCAAGGAUGAUAAGAAUUGGGAUAUGUGGUGUGUUUAUGCCAAAAGAGCUAAGAUGUUACUUUACUUCUCCAUAAUUAUCGACCCGACAGAAAUUUGAUAUGGAUCCAGACACACCACACAGAUUGGAUUUUUGUUUUUUUUCCGUCAAGGUUAUUUCAAAGCUCAAAAUGUAAGUGUUGAGUGUGGUUUGGGCGAAUAGGCCACAGUUAUACUAUUAAUAGACAUAGUGCUUGUGAGAGAGUGGCAGACUUUAUAUCUUUACAGAGAGAACGCCUGCAGCCAUAUCUAGAAGGAACUCCUUAAUCCUCCUUUAGUGCACGAAAAAUAAACGAACCCUGACGCAACAUCACGUUCCCCCAUGCUUCCAGAGAGCCAUAUAUGUCGGCCUUCACAUAUUUUCCAUGUCAUCAUCAUUGUUGACGUUAAACCAAACAUCAUCCAACGCUGUCUUUUUUCUUUUUUUUUUCUUUACUCAUGCUGUGGCAAUGGCUUGGGCCUGGAUACACACCCAACACCCAGACGGACUAGCCUCUACCACAAGCUAACCUUUGGUUAAAAAACCGUGCUGAUUAGCCAGGCCGCCGGCCUAGGCUAGUGUAUACCCUUCUACUUUAGGGCCCGGCGGGGGCCUUUUGCGUGCUCCUUUGGUUGGCCCCUGAGUGGGCGUUUACCCCCCGCUAGUCGUAGUCAUGGGGAUCCAGGGCAUGGAGUUGUUUGCCAUCGGCGUGGUCAUCAUCCUGUUUAUGGCGGUGCUCAAGCAGUUCGGGAUCCUGGAGCCCAUGUCUUCCUUUGAAGAUGAGAGUAGUGACAGUGACCUGGAGCUGUCCACGGUGAGACACCAGCCAGAGGGUCUUGACCAGCUGCAGGCCCAGACCAAGUUCACCAAGAAGGAGUUACAGUCUCUCUACAGGGGCUUCAAGAACGAGUGUCCCAGCGGAUUAGUGGAUGAGGAAACUUUCAAGUCCAUCUAUUCUCAAUUUUUUCCUCAAGGAGACGCAACCACGUACGCUCACUUCCUGUUCAAUGCGUUCGACAAAGACAGGAAUGGCUCAAUCCGCUUCGAGGACUUUGUCAUCGGUCUGUCCGUGUUGCUCAGGGGAUCAGUGACGGAGAAGCUCAACUGGGCAUUCAACCUUUAUGAUAUCAACAAAGAUGGCUACAUCACCAAAGAGGAGAUGCUGGCGAUAAUGAAGUCCAUUUAUGACAUGAUGGGGAGGUACACCUACCCCUGUGUACGGGACGAGGCGCCGUCCGAACAUGUGGACAAGUUCUUCCAGAAGAUGGACAGAAACAGAGAUGGGGUCGUGACCAUUGAAGAGUUUAUUGAGACCUGUCAGAAGGAUGAGAACAUCAUGAACUCCAUGCAGCUCUUUGAGAAUGUCAUCUAGAACCCAGGGCUCCCUUCUACGUCACCAGCCUCCGUCGAUGACAUGUACCUGACCCCCUGACACACCUUCUGAACUCCACAGAACCCCAACCCCCCCCUGUGCCCACAGGCUACAAGCUCAACCCUCCACUAAGGUUAUAAGGUUAGCAAGACGUAGAUAGAGAAACAGGGUGGGGAGGGACAUACAAUGAACACUCAAGGGUCUCUCUCAUUGCCCUUCUUUAGCUUUAUCCUGCCUUUCAGAACCUGAGACACAGUGGCCUUAAUCCAGCGCCAGGGCAUCUCGUGGAUCAGGUUCCUCCUGGGAUGUUUUGCAUCUGAAUCUGCUGAGUGCUAAUGGGGGGAUGGGAAAAGGGAGUAGCAUCUGUGAAUCUAUGCUACUAUCUCUUGCGCAAACAUUAGCAGGGAAAAAACACAAACACACACUCAUAUUUGCGAUAACACCAACACCCACAACGACAAAUAGGGACUCACCUAUGCGCACACACAAACACCAACACACACAAACACAGACUCACAUUUCCGCACUCACACAAACGCACACACACACAAACAUGCACAUACACACACACACACACAUGCACACACAAAAACCAUCACCACACCAAACAGACACUUACAAAAUACACACUCCUCUUUUUAGCCAUUUUUCAAGCAGUGAUUAAAACAACACUACCAUAGUAAACUGUCAGCAUUCAAAUCAGAGGGACACAAAAAAAUAUUAAAGACAAUUAACUUGAAGCAUGUUUGUCGUAUGUGAUGUGAAUUAGCUUGCACAAACAUUUGACUAUAAUGUAAUAUAUGCAACUACAACAACAAAAAAGCGCACUGUAGAUACCUGCACCUGUCCACCACUGAUGGAAAGCAGGGUGUAUGUAUAUAUGUAUAGAUAAUAUUAUACAUAUCCUAGGCUGUGAGAGUUUAAUUUGUACUGCACUUAACUGUGGUCUAGGGACAGAGAUGUUCAACUGAAUGUCUGUUAUUGCACACUGUGUUCAUUCACUGGACCUGUGUUUGGUGUCAUUGUGUGAUUUUUUCUCCAGUAUGUGUUUGAUCAGUCCCUAUUAAUUGGUUCUACAUUUAUUUAAAUUAAUAUAUUUUUGAAGACUUGUGGAGAGAAGGAGGGAAGGUCUCUCAAAAUUAUGCUGAAAUGUUGAUUCAGAGUACAGUACAGAGCAAGAAACAACGAGAGUUAGUAAACAAUGUUUAUGAACUGACUUGAGGUAUGUAAUUUUAUUUCGCUGUCAUCAUAGAGCAUGCUGGCUGUCAGUAAUACAGUAUUUUGUACAGUAUAAUAAAACCUUUGUGAUCUGACAUAAUUAGAAAUAAAGUCUCGAGAUUUUUCUUCUCCA